UAUACGUCUGUGUUUACACAGUUCUCUUCAGUUACCUCCCUUUAGCAUUAUUCAGGAAGACCAACUCCCUUUUAUUUUCAGGUUACAAUUUGUAGAAAAUGGAGAAUAUUUCAGUUUACCAUGGGAAACUUAGCCGUGAAGAUGGAGAGAAACUUUUAUGCGAAGCUGGAAAAGAUGGAAGUUAUUUACUACGUGACAGUGAGACGAAACCUGGCAUGUAUUGUCUUUGUGUCUUGCAUAAAGACGUAAUUUACACGUACAGAGUAUCCAAAACAACUACUGGCUCCUGGUGUGCAGAGGCAGCACCCGGGGUCCCAAAAAGGAUGUUUAGAAAGAUCAAGAAUAUGAUCUCUGCUUACACAAAACCAGAUCAGGGAAUUGUAACCCACCUGCAGUACCCAGUUGAGAGGAAUAUGUCCAAGAAUGCAAAAGGUUAACAAGGGACAUCCACAGCUUUGUCUUCUUUAUGGGAACAUUUGUCUGAGAAAAUAUUAUUACGUAGAUUUUAAAGAUGCACAUGCAGUCACAUACAGUUACAGGAUCAAGCUCCUGGUGUUUAUCUCCUGCUGGUGAAAU